AUGCUCAUCUUGCCGACAAUCCUCGCGCCGCUAUUGCUGGCUACCACGGCCUGGGCGCAAUCGAACUCGACUGCCGCCGCCAACCGCACGGAGAUUCCUGCCCCCUUCAACGGCACGUUCAACACCGAUAAUAACGCGACAAUCCUGUACCCCAAGGCCAGCAACUACUCUCUCACGCGCGCGCUGACAAUGCCCAAGGGUCCUACCCGUAUUAUCGUGACUGGCCCAUCAUCUUCAGCCGGCCGAACACGACGGCGGACCCCCGCCCUGCAGCCGAACGCAAGGAACCCAACCACCAACAAAGACUGGCCAAAGGACCAGACAUGGUGCCAGUACCAACUGUUCCGACCUGAGCUUUUGGGCGGCCGCCCCGGCUCCGGAUACUUCCUCUCGAUUUACCUUGGCAACAGUAGCGCGUCUCGGUUGGACCCGCCGGCGUAUGGCAAACCUCUCGCCGUCUCCGAACUGUUUGAGAUUCGUAAUACGACCACUAUCGACCCAAGUCUCCCCAAGGGUCCCAACAAGCUUGCAUCGCCCACCCGUAGCAGCCAGGCCGUGCACAAUCGGCCUUCGUCCGGGCUCAUCACUGCCAUCGGUGCAGUAGUGUGUGUUGCGGCCAUCUGUGCCUUGUAG